CAAUCAUUCUGAGUGAAAUAUAUAAAGAUCUAUUUGGUGUAUUCGUUGAGUGAUGUUUCAUUUGUGAACCCAAAUAAUGGCCGAUUCAGGGACUCAAGGGGAUGUAAUUGUUCCUGCUAGUCAGGCUCCUCGUAAUGACAUGGUCGACACAGCCGUCAAGUUCUUGGAGAACGCCAAAGUGGCCAACAGUUCCGAGGACGUCAAACGACAAUUCCUCGGCAAGAAGGGCCUCACCGAAGCCGAGAUCGAUUUAGCGUUUCAAAAGGCACGACCUCCUCCUCCUCCUCCUCCUCUUCCUCCUCCUCCUGCUUCGCCCAUGGCCUUGCCUAGUCAAUCGAUCCCUCCUCCAUCAAAUGGAUAUCCGUCUCAGAUGGCCUUGGUUCCAGCAUACACUGGUUGGCAACGGUUCCGUGACAUCGCCAACUUACUCUUCUUACUGAUUGGAACCGGUUAUGGAAUCAAGUAUCUUUGGCAGAAAUAUGUCAAGCAUUGGCUUUAUGAAGAGACGCGGCCCAAAAUAUCUCCUCAAGAGGAGCUCCUGAACUCUCAAAGGGAGUUGAUGUCCCUCAUGAAGUCCUUGAAUGAGAGCGUCCAACAACUGACCCAAUGGACGCGAGAUCAAGGUCGGACCAAGCCAUCCGAUGAAAUUAGUGUAACCCGUGAUAUCCUGACCGAGCUCAAGCGAGAUGUCCAAUCAGUCAAAGGACUAAUGCUCAGUCCAUCCAGAUUUCCAUCCAACCCACAAAUUGACCCUCCCAAGAUCCCCCAAUGGCAAUUAGAAGACACGAUCCGAACAAAUGGAACCCUCAAGGAGCCGGACUUGGUCCAAGAUCAGAGCUCGGAACAAGAUGUUGUAGAUCCCAAACAAAAUGGAGCCUAAUAUCGGCUUGAAAAGAGAAGUGAACAAGGAGUAAAACGUCAAAAUACUGUAUCUAUUUCACGCAUUGAAUACGAUUCGUUGUCCAUA